CAGAAAAAGGUGGACCCACAGAAAACGCCUGUGUCCAUUUUCUGUGCUAGAGCUAGAGCUUUCGUUCUUUAAAGCUAUCUUCUAUAGCUGAAGCAAAUCCAACUUGCGCUUGUGAUCCCGUUAUUUCUGGGCCUUUCUUUACUUCUCUUCUAUUUGUUUUAUCAUUUUCCGGUGAGAUUUGGCCGGAGAAUGGCAUAUAUGUGUGCAGAUAGUGGCAAUCUAAUGGCGGUUGCCCAACAAGUGAUCAAGCAAAAGCAACAACAAGAACAACAGCAGCAGCAGCAACAACAUAACCAGCAACAACAGCAGCUUUUAGGUCUCAAUCCUUUCUCUUUGAACGCUUGGACCACUAGCCCUAUGUCUAAUUCUCCAAAUUUGGGUUAUGGUCUCGCCGGCUCGGCCUUCUCUGAUCCUUUGGAUACUGGAGAAGCUGCGUUUCAGUUUCCUCAGAUAGACCACCACUCCAGUGGGUUUAGAUUAUCUGAUUUCGGCGGUGGGCCAAGUGCUGAGUUCGACUCCGAUGAAUGGGUGGAGACUUUAGUGGGCGGUGGGCACUCUACGGAUAGCUCUAAUCUUCCAUCUGGCUGUGACGCCUGGCAAAACAAUGCUGAUUUUGGUCUUUACUCAACCGAUCCCUUCGCCAGUUGCCCGAGUCGACUCAGCGGCGCUUGCUCUUCGCCGUCCGAUCUCAACCAAGUUAUCUUUAGGGAACCUCAAAAGAAUGUUAUCCCUGCAGUAUGGGCACCAACACCACCAACAACAACACUAACACCGCCACCUUCAUCUCCCCCGCAUUCUGUGUCGGCGGCCAAAGAAACCCAGGCACCAAGUCCUCUUGCACAGCCAAGUGUACUAAAAAACCAAGUUGAAGGUGCAUCAGCCUCCAUUAGCUCAUCGGAAAAUGACACAGCACAGCCAAUUAUCAAGGCUUUAUUGGACUGCGCUCGACUCGCAGAGUCUGAGCCGGACCGAGCUAUUAAAUUGCUGAUUAAGCUCAGAGAAUCAGUUUCUGAACGCGGCGAUCCAACUGAAAGAAUGGCGUUUUACUUCACUGAAGCUCUCUACAACAAAGUGUCUCUCCAAGCACAGAAAACAGUAUCCACCUUGGAGACAAACUGUGGGGAUUUAAUCCUCUCUUACAAGGCCUUAAACGAUGCCUGCCCCUAUUCAAAGUUUGCGCAUCUAACGGCUAAUCAAGCUAUACUUGAAGCUACUGCUACAGCAAACAAGAUUCACAUAGUUGAUUUUGGAAUUGUUCACGGUGUUCAAUGGGCAUCUCUGUUACAAGCUCUCGCGUCUCGCCCAGAAGCCAACGAACUCAAAAUUCGUAUCUCAGGUAUACCUGCUCCGGCUCUUGGUAAAUCACCUGCCGCUUCUCUCAUCGCUACGGGGAAUCGCCUCCGUGAGUUCGCUAAAGUUUUGAAGCUUAAAUUCGAGUUCGAGCCCAUUCUGACUCCCAUUCAGGAAGUCAAUGCUUCAUGUUUCAAAAUUGAACCGGGUGAGGAGUUGGCUGUAAACUUCAUGCUUCAGUUGUACAAUCUAUUAGAUGAUAACCCAGUUGCUGUAGAAACUGCUCUGAGAAUGGCGAAAUCUUUAAAUCCGAAAGUGGUGACUCUUAGUGAGUAUGAAUCGAAUUUGAACCGAGUAGGGUUUGUAACCCGUGUGAAGAAUGCUUUGAAAUACUACUCAGCUGUGUUUGAGUCACUAGAGCCAAACAUGACUCGUGAUUCAGCAGAAAGACUACAACUAGAAAGAAUAAUACUGGGCCGGAAAGUUGCUUCUUUGAUUGGAGAUGAUGGAGAACGUUUGGAGAAUAAAGAACAAUGGAAAGUUAUGAUGGAGAGUGCCGGUUUCGAGUCGGUUCCCUUGAGCCAUUAUGCAAUCAGUCAGGCUGAGAUACUGUUAUGGCACUAUAACAACAGCACUUUGUACUCUUUAAUUCAGUCUCCACAUACGUUCCUAUCUCUGGCAUGGAACAAGGUGCCUCUUCUCACUGUUUCAUCCUGGCGUUGAUUGGUGGUUGGUGGGUUUUCUGACUCAAUAAUAAUAUCAACCAAGAUUUUAAAACCACCACAUUAGAAGUAUUAGAAACAUUACCUUUCUCUUCUAGCUGCAUUUUGUUGGUCUCACAAGUGCUUAAAAAGGGGAAUUUAAAAUUCAUGUGGCUUGUGCUUAAAGGUGUUGAAUUUCUCUUUAUUGUUUCUAAAUUUGAACGUUGCUAUGACCUAGUCUAAUUUUUGCCGCUCAUGGUGGGUGCUUUUGCAAGUGAAUUGAUAUAAGAACUGUUCUUGAUGACAACAGAUUCAUUGGCUGACCUCUGAAUUUUUUUAAAUUUACUGUCCCUUCUGCAGCUCAAAGCUAGUCUCCGGACAGGCCGCUGAUUUUUUUGUUUUUUGAAUUGUAUUAUAAGAUCUGAACUCGAAAUAUGUCAUGUCUCUCUGACUUGUGAUUGAUGUUUUUUUUUUUUUUGGU